GCACGAUCCUAAUCCUAUUAAAAAAACAUGUGUGAUCAACUCGAAUAAAAUACGAAAGAAAAUUAUUUAUUUUAUCAUCCUAGCCCUAUUAGUUAAAUGCAUGUCACGCAAAAUAGCCAUAAUUAUUCUGGCUCAACUCGAAUAAAAUACGCAAGGCAACUUGCAGUAGCCCAACAUGAUUGACUCCAAUAAAAUAUGAACAUAUUCUGGUCUCUCUUAGCUCCACUGUUUUAUGGACUAUAAAUUAGGCAUCAAACCUCAAUAGCAAAGCAUCUCCCAAAUCAAUCAAACCCCUCCCCAGGACGUAGUGUUCAAUCAGCAGCGCAAAUCAUGGGAUCCAGAUUGGUAAAUUUUUUUCAAGUAAACCCCAAGGAAGCCUCUUCCAUUGAUCUUGUUAAACUCUUGUUUUCUAGUAAUAUAAAGAAGAGGAAAUUUAUCAAUUCUUCUUUCGACAGAGAGGAAAGUUUCACAUAUAGGUUUAUUAUAGUUCUUUCGGUACUGGUACAAAAGUUUCUGCUUAUGAUGUCGUCCCCAGUGGAGUUGAUGGGUAGCUUACUAGAAUAUGUACUCAACUUUCAUUACGCUAAUGGUGGCUUCUUUGGUCUCGUAAGAAAUAUCAUGCAUGUGAAGGUCGUGAUUCCACACUGGAACUCCGCAAAUUUUCUGUCUUUAAUAGGACUUUUAGACGCGAGAAAGGAGUUAGACAGUGAAAUUAAACAUGGGGAUCCCAUGUAUUAUCCAGCACUCUCGAUUAUGGCUUGUAAAACAGUUUACAGCAAUGCUGCUUAUAACCAAGCUGUAAUCGAAGGUCCAUGGAAGAUGGAGUUCUUGGGAUUCAAAAAUUACUGGAACGAUUUUACUGGAAAACCCGACACACAAGUUGUGAUGUUUAGAGAUAAAGGUGUUGACCACGACACCAUCGUUGUUUGCUUCAGAGGAACCGAACCGUUUAAUCUCAAUGAUUGGUGUUCGGACGUAGACUUGUCUUGGCACGAAAUCCGCGAUAUCGGGAGGAUCCACAGCGGCUUCAUGAAAGCCUUGGGGAUGCAAAGUGAUGUAGGAUGGCCGGAUGAAGUGGAUAACGAUUCAUACUCCGGUGGCCGCAAAGCAGCUCUGGCUUACUACGACAUAAGGGACACGUUGAGAACCCUUUUGAGGAAAAACCCCGACACCAAAUUUAUAGUGACGGGCCACAGUUUGGGCGGCGCGUUGGCUGCUCUUUUCCCGGCGAUUUGCUUUUACCACGACGAACGAUUGUUGCUCGACAGAAUGGAGGCGAUUUACACGUUCGGACAACCCAGAGUCGGCGAUGAAGCAUUCGGGAAUUACAUGAAUAUUAAUCUGAAAAGGCGCGGUAUUCAAUAUUACAGAUACGUUUACUGUAAUGAUGUGGUUCCUAGGGUUCCUCCUAACCUCGUGUUCAAACACUUUGGUACCUGCGUUUACUACGACAGCAGAUAUCAAUCGUCGAUAGUUAAAGAAGUUCCAUAUGAGAACUACUUUUCAAUUUGGGGCGGUAUUGCGAUGCUAAAAAACGCCAUCUUUGAGCUGCUAAGAGGCUUCGUUAUGGGGAGAAGGUACGGAGAAGAUUACAAGGAAAGUUGGCUGCUAUUUGGAAUGAGAAUGAUUGGAUUGCUGAUUCCUGGUUUGCCUGCUCAUUGUCCCCAAGAUUAUGUCAACUCUACUCGUCUCGGAACCGUCCAUCUUAUUCACCGUAUCUUCCACCAUUAAAAUCUCACCUCGAGGGGUGCAUGCCCUUGCUAGCCUGUACCAGAUCUGCCAUUGGAUUUCGCCCUAGGUUUGCAUUUGUCUUUCAAGUUGAUGUUUUCCUUU